AUGCAGCAUGGUGCCAGCUCUGGGCCAGCAACAGCGAGCGGCGAUAGAGCCAACGGAGAAUUGACGAGCAAAAGAGUGGAAGGCAAGAAGACUUCGAAAGGGAAGAUGUCGGACAGCCAUAGCAGAAGAGAAUUCGAUGAAUCGUCUGGCGAGGGGGAGACGACAGACACUGCCAAACGAUUCAUCGCACCUGGAAGAAUGCUGAGGAGAGAGACAGCGAAAGCAACCCGUAGAAUAUGGGCCGCCGAGAAGGGUGAGGUGUUUCCCAGAGACAGCUCGUGUAAGCUUCUAAAGAAAAGAGCUCGGGCUAUUCGACCCUUCGCCGUCGUCAAUGCUCCGGAGAAAAUCGUCGAGCUCGGCGACCAGAUCUCGAACCUCACCCUCGCCGACACUCAGAAGCUCGUCGCGUACCUCCAGGACAAGCUCGGCGUCUCCGCCGCCUCCUUCGCCCCCUUCGACGUGGUGAUCGACGACGUGCCAAGCAACUCAAGGAUCGCGACGAUUAAGGUGGUUAGGGCUCUGACGAGCCUGGCGCUGAAGGAGGCGAAGAAAUUGAUUGAAGGAUUGCCGAAGAAAUUCAAGGAAAGAGUGACGAAUGAGGAGGCGGAGGAGGCGAAGAAGCAGCUCGAGGAGGCCGGCGCGAAGAUCUCCAUUUUAGCGCGAUGCAGAGGAAAUUUCGAUCGACUACUUUUGUGCGGUAAAUGA